AUGGUUAUCUGCAGAUUUUUCUUAGAGGGAAAAUGUAGAUUUGGAGAUAAUUGUCGCAAUGAACAUGUUAGAGCAGGAAAAAACGUUUUUUUUAAAGCAGAUAGAUCUUUUCAAGGUGAGAGUCUAAUUGAGGAUGAUCUAGGCAAAGAUCACCCGCAAUGGCCAUUUACAUGUUAUGGUACGGGAAAAGGUCAUCCAAACUUAAUUUCAGGAAAAGAUAUUUCUCCAGAAGAAUUGAGAACAGUUGCAUACAAAUAUAUGGAGAAUAUGGACUUUUAUGGUUAUCAAAAUACUAUUAAAAAACUAUCUGAGGAAAUUCAAGAAUUAAGAAAUAAUAUGAUUAGGAACUCAAAGAAAGCAUGCAAAAUAGCAAUAAAUCUACUAAAUGGAAAAUUUUCAGGCAAUAUUGAUGCUAUUUUUUCUAAUACAUUUUCAUCCAGACCCUCAGCAUUUUCUACAUUCUCAAUACAACUAAAUUUAACAAAAACUCAUCCAUCUUUUGAAACAAACAUGUCUAUGCCUGUAAACUCUAGUAACGCAUUCGGAAAAAUAGAACCAUCUACAGCCUCUUUAUUUAAAAAAGACAAUCCAGUUUUUUCACCCUUUUGUUCUAAUUCAUCUAAUGGACACUCUUUUGGAAUACAUAACUCUCCGCUAAAUACCACAUCUUCUAAUGGACCCAUAUUUGGUAAUACAUCAUUCAUUCAAGUACCAGCAAACUUUGCAAACACUUCUGCUUUUAAAAUAAAUGACCAAUCAUCAUAUUUAGCAUCAAAUGCACAAAAUUCUGUUUUUGGUCAACAUAAUAUUUUCAAUUCAUCUCAAACACAAUCCGCAUUUAGUUAUAAAUCAGCAUUUAACCAGCAGCCAUCUAUUUUUGAUACAUCAAACACUCCCCAAAUGAGCCAUGAAAAAAUGAAAACAUCUGAAUUUACAUCAAAUAUGACUACCGCAUCAACAUUUGCAUUUCAACCAACCUUGCAAGAGGCUAGCCUUUUAUUACCUGCAUUUUUAACACCUAAUCACCAUACAAGUAAUCCUGGAAUAAUUUCACCAAACCUGGAUACUUCUAAUACAUUAUCUGAAUCAGACUUACCACCAUCUGCCCUUAAAGCAUUUAAAGCAGAAGCAUUUACACUAGGUGAAAUCCCAGAAAUGGAACCGCCUCCUUCUUUACGCAACUAA